AUGACAAUAUCCAAGCCCAAGCUCAAGCUCAACAGGCACAACGGAUCAGCUAAGAAGAGCAAGGCGGGGGAUGUAGCUAGCAUCGAUCGAAUGAUUACUGAUGAUGGAAAGCUUGGCCUAUGCUUCCUCAGCCUACCGGAUGGACGCACGACUGUUUCUAUACACGCAUUCGGUAUUGUUUUUCGUUGGCUUGGCUUGUGUCUUCUUAUGCAUCGAUAUCCUCUCUUUCAUUAUCAUGAUUGCCAGUAUGAGCGCAACUAUUGCCAACAAGGCCAUGCUAGCUCUGGAAGUACCAGUUCGAGCCCUGGACGCCGAUUCCCUCUAGCUGUUAACACAUCUGAAAGCGUAUACAAUCCCUCCAAGGCGGCCGUUGUACGGAUACAGCUCGCCUGUAACCUUGCCAUGGAAUGGGGCGAGUACGGAAUUCGUGUCAAUACUCUCUCACCAGGAUACAUCCUUACACAGAUGCUCCAAAACCUGUUCAAUGACCACCCCGAUCGCCGAGAGAAGUGGCCCACUGAGAACAUGCUCGGCCGCCUCAGUAAGCCGAGUGAGUAUCGUGUCGCGGCAGUUUUUCUUCUGAGCAUUGCGAGUAGUUACAUGACCGGUGCCGAUCUUCGUAUUGAUGGCGGCCAUGCUGCUUGGUAA